AUGGAACACGGCUCAUCAUCAACUCCUGAUCCCGUCACUCGGAGUCCUCAAGACAGUCAAAGCACUCAGGCAGAGAAACCACCUCGAUCCGCUCAUCCAGCGCAAGCAGCAGUUGCUUCGCCCAUGCAGAAAAACGGUUCUGAUUUUGCUCAAUUGCCACAGCAGCCUCCGGAUGCGACACCGGUGCAACACCCACCCAUACAGCCCAAGAGAACCCCAUCUUUCCGGCCUUCCUUCACAACCGGUGGCGGGGCAGAUGCACCUCCAAAGAUCCUCAACAACAGCGGGCCAAGACCUCUGGUUUCCGCGAUGCAGCCAUCGCAGCAGCUGAUACCAGACCCUGCCUCGCGCCCAAACAUCCCCACUAGAAACCCAAGUGUUUCCUUUAGUGAUGUCGACUCGCAGGAACGACUUCGAAGAUUCACCAUUUCUUCGCAUCCUUCAACAACCAGUAUUCCUCAGCAUCUCGACACGCAGCUCCAACCCCACGCCCACGCCCACGCCCAAGCCCAGGCACAGGCACAGGCACAGGUGCCGGAGCCGUUGCUUCCGCAACCGGUGCCUUCUCAAACGCCGAUUCAACAGCCUUCCUCCACUAUCCCAUCUAGACAAUCUUCGAUAAAGAGAAAAACCACCCCCAACACUAAUGAAAAUGUCUUGUUCAUGACUGCUUCGUCGUCGUCUUCAAUGUCGAAACUAAACGUCAACAGUGGCUUGGUCUCGCCUGCUAGCGAAGCUGCUACAAAGGAUGCCUCGUUUACAAGUCCCACGGUGUUGAGCCGAGGUGCUAGCUUUGACACAAACUCAAGAAGAUUCAAUUCACAAAGUCCUCCACCGUACGAGAGAAUUCCCAGCACGGGCUCGAUUUUCUCGCCUCAGAGUGCCGCUAGCAAUGUCAUCACUCCCGUUGUUCCCAUAACGAUUGGCGUGCCCCCUGGUGGCAGUACCAGUUCUUCGAGAAGAGGUUCGAUCAAGAGAUCAAACAAGACAAUUGUGUCAUCGCCCGUGGGCCCGCCCGUGCCAUUUCAAGAAUAUCUUUCAAAGGAAGAUGAUGGCAAAUUCCACAUUUUGUUGGCGUGCACGGGGUCAGUCGCAACCAUCAAGGUUCCGUUGAUAAUUGACAAGCUAUUCCAAAUUUUUGGUUCAAAAGUGUCGAUCCAACUCAUCUUGACCAAAGCCGCAGGCCAUUUUCUACGUGGAGCCAAAAUCAACGCGGAUGUCAAGAUCUGGCGAGAUGAGGACGAGUGGACUAAUUACAGCGAGGCAUACGCCGUAACCACCACGAGCACCACGGCCUCGUCGCAGAACUUGGCCGUGAACAAGAAACCCAAGAACCCCUACGACAAGUUGAUUCUCCAUAAUGAGUUGCGGAAGUGGGCGGAUAUCAUGUUGGUUGCGCCGUUGUCGGCAAAUACUCUCGCCAAGAUAUCGAAUGGGAUUGCUGAUAAUUUGUUAACUUCAAUCAUUCGGUCGUGGUCGCCCACUACUGCGCAACAGGUUAAAAAACCGCUCGUGGUUGCGCCGGCGAUGAAUACGUUUAUGUAUACCCACCCGAUAACGGCGAAACAAUUGGCCUGCAUCAGCUCGCCCGAGUUUGGGAUUGAUGUGUUGAAGCCCGUGGAGAAGAUUCUCGUGUGUGGCGAUAUUGGCAUGGGCGGGAUGAGAGAGUGGACCGAUGUAGUUGAUAUUUUAAGGAGACGGAUUCUCGCUAUUAAAGCCGAGAGGAAGAAGCUUGACGAGGCCGAGGAGGAUUUGGUGGUGGAGGAGGAGGAGGAGGAUGAAACUGCGGAAAACGAGGGAGACGAUGAGGAUGAAGAUGAUGAAGAAGAAGAUGAUGAAGACGAGGACGAUGAGGAUGAUGAGGAUGAUGAGGAUGAAGUUGGUGAUCGGGACGACGCACAAAAGGCUGAGCCUCGAAGGGGGACAGACUCUUCAAAGUCAAUCGAAGUGAAAGAUCUCAAACUCCCCAUCCACGACAACAAAUCGUUUGAGUCAAUUGACCGUGCCGUGAAUGACGAAGGCCACGAGGAGAUGAUUUUUGAAAUCACCGACCAGGAGCAAAGCGGAGCAGAGGAACAUGACACGGGCGAUGGAGAAGCAAGAUUGUCGCCCAUGUCGUCGCGUCGUCAGCAACGGAUUGCAAUCCCCAAGGAAACGCAAAACAUAAUUUAA